AUGGGGCCAACUGGCCAUUUGUCUGCCGGGCCACCUGGACCUCCAGGAGAGAAAGGAGCCAUGGGGCCAGCUGGCCCUGUGUCUGCUGGGCCACCCGGACGUCCGGGAGCAAAGGGAGCCAUGGGACCAGCUGGCCCUGUGGGAAAGGACGGGCCGCCCGGACCAGUUGGGCCCAGAGGGCUGAAGGGACCCGUCGGGCCGCCCGGUCCAAAUGGGCCCAGAGGGUUGAUGGGAACCAUUGGGAUGCCUGAUCCUUCAGAGAGCUCAAAGUGCCUGCCUGACGAUGCAGCUUGUCCCAAAGAUUAUACAAAGUUCCGCGGAAUCUGCUACAAGGCCUUCGACACUCCUACGUACUUCAGCACAGCAGCCGCGGCCUGUCGUGAUGACGGCGGCACCCUCGCCAUGCCCCGAGACGGUGCGAGCAACAUCUUUCUGGUCUCCUUGCAACGUCCUGGCAUCAGCUACUGGAUCGGCCUGCACGAUCAGCGCAAAGAAGGGCGCUUUGAGUGGGUGGACGGUUCUGCACUUGGUAACUUCAGCUCGUGGGCAAGGAGCAGACCAAGUAAGAGAGAACGCGACGCCAAGGUGAAGGAUUGCGUCAUUUUUGACGCAACGCUGUGGAGCGACUUCCCAUGUAAUCGGCCGUAUCGCUUCAUGUGCCAGGUGGUUCCCGGCCCGGCAGCCAACCGUACUGUUGACUGGCCGACAGACUUGACGUGA